CACGUUCCACCAUUAGAUUGAUUGAAUUUUUAGAACGUAUCCGAACUGGUCAACAUCCGUUUCCCGUUCCGCCAUUUUUGUUUCUUUCGUAUGUCAGAUUUGCCUGAUAGAAACCUCAAAAUGCAGCUGCACAUCAGAGGACAGUCCACGCACAUUCUUGAUGUCAAUGGAGAAGAGUCCAUUGCUCAGAUCAAGGACCGUGUAAGAGCACUGUCUGACAUUGGUGCAGAGGAAUUGACAUUAUCUGCGUGCGGUGCCCCCCUUGACGAUGGCAUCCUUGUGUCUGAACUGGCGUCCUCAGAACUUGACCUAACAGUGCCACUGCUUGGUGGUAAAGUGCACGGAUCUCUGGCUCGUGCUGGUAAGGUGAAGGGACAGACACCUAAAGUGGAGAAGCAACAGAAGAAAAAGAAGAAGACUGGCCGUGCAAAGAGGAGGAUCCAAUACAACAGAAGAUUCGUGAAUGUUGUACAGACCUUCGGUCGUCGCCGUGGCCCCAACUCCAACUCGUAGAUUUAAUUUGUAUAUAACAUGCAAAUAUAACAUCUGAUUUGCGCCAA